CUGUGCAGUUCUCUCCAUAAGCCGUUGGUGAACAUACCAUGAGACACAGGGAGAGAGAGAGAGAGACAGACAGAAACCACACACCAGCCCGUCCUCCUCACUUUCCCAUCAUGGAAUAGCUAACCUUGCCCUCACCCACACCUCCAUCACCUCUCAGCAUCCCACAAAUAUUUUGACCCUCUCUAGUCUUUUUGGCAGGAAUCUUCAGUCACUUCUUAACACCACCUGCCUGGAAAAACACACAGACAAAGCCCCCCCAACCCUCCUGAAAAGGAAGAGGUCCUUUUUUUAACCUCUUUUCAUUUGCUCUGACCCCAGAGCUUCAGACUCCAGCCUGAGCAGCCACAAUUUCUUACCAUGUAUUCCCCUUUUAAACCAUCUCCUUCCUGCACACGCUCAGUCCUUGCAGGCACGGAUCUAACACAACUCCCCGCUUCUCGCCGGCAGGUUCUUUGCUCCCCAUCACUCAGCUGAUCCUCAUCCUUUUUUUUCCUAUCCCCCCCUCCCCGGGCACUGAGGUGUGUGUAUCUGUGUGUGAGUGUGCCUGUGUGCAAGGGGGGAGCGGGGGGGCUUUUUUUUUUUCUUGGUGGGGCGAUUUUUUUCAAAGCAUCUUCAUUAUUAUUUUAUUUUGAUUCUCUGACUUGGACACUUCUCUCUUGGAGACUGCUUUUCCAUGCAAAGGAGUUCUCACUUGUGGCGGGCAUGGCAGAGUGCGUUCCCCAGCCUCCUUCCACCUGGCCUGCAGGCCCACAGCCCCCUCACACUUCUGCCAUCUGCCCACUGGAGCCUGUGGAUCUGGGGAUCUCGGAACAACAAACACCACCGGAGCAACCACCAUCCUCCCCAGAGCUGGGUGAGGAUGAAGAAGUCACCUCCCCGCCGGAUCCUGAUGUCCCCUACCCUGAUUUGGCCCCAGUUGUUUUCUUCUGCUUGAAACAGACCACCAGCCCACGGAGCUGGUGCAUCAAAAUGGUGUGCAACCCCUGGUUCGAGUGUGUCAGCAUGAUGGUGAUUUUGCUAAACUGUGUUACCCUGGGAAUGUACCAGCCAUGUGAGGAUAUGGACUGCCUUUCUGACAGGUGUAAAAUCUUGCAGGUAUUUGAUGAUUUCAUCUUCAUCUUCUUUGCCAUGGAAAUGGUCUUAAAGAUGGUUGCCCUGGGGAUCUUCGGCAAGAAGUGUUACCUUGGAGAUACCUGGAACCGCCUGGAUUUCUUCAUUGUCAUGGCUGGGAUGGUGGAGUACUCCCUGGAUCUCCAAAACAUUAACUUGUCUGCAAUCCGCACUGUCCGUGUCCUGAGACCCCUGAAAGCUAUCAACCGUGUGCCUAGCAUGCGCAUCCUUGUGAACUUGCUCCUGGACACCUUGCCCAUGCUGGGGAACGUCCUUCUCCUCUGCUUCUUUGUCUUCUUCAUCUUCGGCAUCAUCGGGGUGCAGCUGUGGGCUGGGCUGCUCCGCAACCGCUGCUUCAUGGAGGAGAACUUCACAAUACAAGGUGACAUUGUCUUGCCCCCUUAUUACCAACCAGAGGAAGAUGAUGAGAUGCCCUUUAUCUGCUCACUGUCAGGAGACAAUGGAAUUAUGGGCUGUCAUGAAAUACCCCCACUGAAGGAGCGAGGUCAUGAGUGUUGUUUGGACAAGGAUGAUUAUUAUUACUACAAUUCAGUGCGGCAAGAGUUCAAUAUCAGUGGCAUGUGUGUCAACUGGAACCAGUACUACAAUGUGUGCCGUACCGGCAACGCCAACCCACACAAGGGCGCCAUCAACUUUGACAACAUUGGGUAUGCCUGGAUUGUGAUAUUUCAGGUGAUCACACUGGAAGGGUGGGUGGAGAUCAUGUACUAUGUGAUGGAUGCACAUUCCUUCUACAAUUUUAUCUACUUUAUCUUGUUGAUAAUCGUGGGCUCUUUCUUCAUGAUUAACCUGUGCCUGGUGGUCAUCGCCACACAGUUCUCGGAGACCAAGCAGCGGGAGCACCAGCUGAUGCAGGAGCAGAGGGCCCGGUACCUCUCCUCCAGCACUGUCGCCAGCUACAUGGAGCCGGGAGACUGCUACGAGGAGAUCUUCCAAUACGUCUGCCACAUCGUGCGCAAAGCCAAGCGCCGCACCCUCGGGCUGUACAACAGCAUCCAGAGCUGGCGCCAGGGCAACGUGGAGACGAGCGAUGCCAAACCUGGCGUGAACAGGAAAAGACAGAGGCAUUACAGGCUUUGCCAGCAGCACAACUCUCUUGGCUGUCCUCCUCCGGGCUUGGUCCAGCCCAUUGCUGUGACAGCAACCUCAGAUCCCACCAACUGCCCACGAUGCCAGGGGGAACAUGAAGCAUCCAGAAGGCCCUCUGUCCUGGAUAGUACUUAUUCAGACCAGGAGGAUGGAGGAACCAGUGAAGGGGAAGGAGAGGGCAGCAGAGAGGACCAGAGUGCCUCGACACUGGAGAAAGAGGACGAGGUGGAAGAAGGAGGGCGGCUGAAGCUCUGCAGUGACAUGUGGCGAGAAGUGAGGGUCAAGCUCCGAGUGAUUGUGGACAGCAAGUAUUUCAACCGUGGGAUCAUGAUUGCAAUCCUAGUGAACACUAUCAGCAUGGGCAUCGAGCACCAUGAACAGCCAGAGGAACUGACCAACAUCUUGGAGAUCAGCAAUGUGGUCUUUACGAGCAUGUUUGCUCUGGAGAUGAUCCUGAAACUCGCUGCUUUUGGUCUCUUUGAUUACCUUCGCAACCCCUACAACAUCUUCGACAGUAUCAUCGUCAUCAUCAGCAUUUGGGAGAUCAUUGGCCAGUCAGAUGGGGGCCUCUCUGUGCUGAGGACUUUCCGCCUCCUUCGGGUCCUGAAGCUGGUGCGUUUCAUGCCUGCUCUACGCCGCCAGCUUGUGGUGCUGAUGAAGACUAUGGACAACGUAGCCACCUUCUGCAUGCUCCUCAUGCUCUUCAUCUUUAUAUUCAGCAUCCUGGGAAUGCACAUCUUUGGUUGCAAGUUCAGCCUCAGGACAGACACAGGAGAUACAGUUCCUGACAGAAAGAAUUUUGACUCCUUACUUUGGGCCAUCGUCACUGUCUUCCAGAUCCUAACCCAGGAGGACUGGAAUGUUGUACUCUAUAACGGCAUGGCCUCCACCUCGCCCUGGGCUUCCCUCUACUUUGUGGCUCUCAUGACAUUUGGCAAUUAUGUACUUUUCAAUCUGCUGGUGGCCAUUCUUGUGGAGGGGUUCCAAGCUGAGGGUGAUGCCAACCGGUCAUACUCAGAUGAAGACCAGAGUUCAUCAAACAUGGACGAGUUUGAUCGGUUUCAAGAGGUCCAGGAAGGCCCAGAUCCCAAGCUCUGUGCAAUUCCUGUAACACCUAAUGGACACUUGGACCCAUCCUUGCCCUCUUCCAACCCACCAGUGGCUGCUGGAGGGGUCACCAAUUCUUCACGCAACUCCCUACAACUUGACCAGAUCCUCGUUGCUGUUGGAUCCCGGAAGAGCAGUGUGAUGUCCCUGGGGAGAAUGACCUAUGACCAGCGGUCCUUGUCCAGUUCCCGCAGCUCCCACUAUGGUGCCUGGAGCCGCAGCGGAGCCUGGGGGAGCCGUCGCUCCAGCUGGAACAGCCUGGCCCGGGGACACAGCCUGAAACACAAACAUCCCUCAGCCGAGCAUGAGUCCCUCCUGCCUGGGGAAACUCACAGGGCAGCAGAUGGGGAGACGGAUGGGACAGGAAGGGUGUUGCAUCACCGCCGGACACUCUCUCUGGAUAAUAAAGGCUCCUGUGACCUGCUGGAGUUGGCCUCGGUCCCAUCUGGCCAUAGAGUGACCCAUAAGCUGGGAGCACCGCCUGGGGCCAGUGAGCAUCAGGACUGCAAUGGCAAAAUGCCCAGUAUUGUCAAGGAGAUCUUCCCAAAUAUGAACAAUCGCAAGGAGCGGGGAGAGGAUGAUGAAGAGAUAGAUUAUAGCCUGUGCUUUCGCAUCCGGAAGAUGAUAGAAGUCUAUAAGCCAGACUGGUGUGAGUUACGGGAAGACUGGUCCAUAUAUCUCUUCUCUCCACAAAACAGGUUUCGCCUCCUCUGCCAAACCAUCAUUGCUCACAAGCUCUUCGAUCAUGUCGUGCUGGCCUUCAUCUUCCUGAACUGCAUCACAAUUGCCCUGGAGAGACCGCAGAUUGAGCACAGAAGCACGGAGAGGAUCUUUCUCACUGUGUCCAACUACAUUUUCACAGCAAUUUUUGUAGCUGAGAUGACACUGAAGGUGGUCUCUCUAGGCCUGUAUUUUGGGGACCAGGCUUAUCUCCGCAGCAGUUGGAACGUCUUGGAUGGCUUCUUGGUCUUCGUUUCUCUCAUUGACAUUGUGGUCUCAGUGGCCUCUGCUGGUGGUGCCAAAAUCCUGGGGGUGCUACGAGUUCUCCGGCUGCUGCGCACCUUACGUCCCCUCCGAGUCAUCAGUCGAGCCCCUGGCCUGAAGCUGGUGGUGGAGACACUCAUUUCUUCCCUCAAACCCAUAGGAAACAUUGUCCUCAUCUGCUGUGCUUUCUUCAUCAUCUUUGGCAUCCUGGGUGUGCAGCUCUUCAAGGGCAAGUUCUACCACUGCCUGGGAGUCGACAUCAGGAACAUCACCAACCGGUCUGACUGCAUGGCUGCCAACUACAAGUGGGUACACCACAAGUAUAACUUCGACAAUCUGGGGCAGGCUCUGAUGUCCCUCUUUGUUCUGGCUUCCAAGGAUGGCUGGGUCAAUAUUAUGUACAAUGGACUAGAUGCUGUGGCUGUUGACCAGCAGCCGGUGACCAACAACAACCCCUGGAUGCUGCUCUACUUCAUCUCCUUCCUCCUCAUUGUCAGCUUCUUUGUGCUCAACAUGUUCGUGGGGGUGGUGGUGGAGAACUUCCACAAGUGCCGGCAGCACCAGGAGGCUGAGGAGGCGCGCCGGCGGGAGGAGAAGCGCCUGCGACGCUUGGAGAAGAAGCGAAGGAAGGCGCAGCGUUUGCCGUACUAUGCUACCUACUGCCCCAUACGCCUCCUUAUUCAUUCGGUCUGCACCAGCCACUAUCUGGACAUCUUCAUCACUUUCAUCAUCUGCCUCAACGUGGUCACCAUGUCCUUGGAGCACUACAACCAACCUGUGUCCCUGGAGACCGCCCUCAAGUACUGCAACUACUUGUUCACCACCGUCUUUGUGUUUGAGGCAGUCCUCAAGCUGGUGGCAUUUGGUCUGCGACGAUUCUUCAAAGACAGGUGGAACCAACUAGAUCUGGCCAUUGUGCUACUGUCUGUCAUGGGCAUCACGUUGGAAGAGAUUGAAAUCAAUGCUGCUCUCCCAAUUAACCCCACUAUCAUCCGGAUCAUGAGGGUGCUGCGUAUUGCCCGGGUCCUGAAGCUACUGAAGAUGGCCACAGGAAUGCGAGCGCUGCUGGAUACCGUUGUUCAAGCCCUGCCACAGGUGGGAAACCUUGGACUUCUUUUCAUGCUCCUCUUUUUCAUCUACGCUGCUCUGGGAGUGGAGCUCUUUGGAAAACUGGUAUGCAAUGAUGAGAACCCCUGUGAGGGCAUGAGCCGCCAUGCCACCUUCGAGAACUUCGGGAUGGCCUUCCUCACGCUUUUCCAGGUGUCCACAGGCGACAACUGGAAUGGGAUCAUGAAGGAUACUUUACGUGACUGCAGCCACGAUGACCGGAGCUGCCUCAGCAACCUGCAGUUCAUCUCCCCACUGUACUUUGUCAGCUUUGUGCUCACAGCCCAGUUUGUCCUCAUCAACGUGGUGGUAGCCGUGCUCAUGAAACAUCUCGAUGACAGCAACAAGGAGGCCCAGGAGGAUGCAGAGAUGGAUGCUGAACUUGAGCUGGAAAUUUCUCAUGGGCUGUGCUCCCGCAAGUCAGGCUCUCCAAAUUCAGGACAGGGAAAAGGAGCAGGAACAGGAGGAGAUGGUGGUCGAACAGAUCCUGAAGGACAUCUGUGCAUGAGAUGUUACUCUCCAGCCCAGGAGAACUUAUGGCUGGACAGUGUCUCUUUAAUUAUUAAGGACUCCUUCGACGGGGAGUUAAUGAUCAUCGAUAACCUAUCGGGCUCCGUCUUCCACCAUUACUCCUCGCCGGCCAUGUGCGAGAAGUGUAACCAUGACAAGCAAGAGGUCCAGCUGGCUGAAAUGGAAGCAUUAUCCCUCAACUCAGACAAGUCCUCUUCCAUCCUUCUAGGAGAUGAGUCAGACAAUCGAAACACUUCUCAGCUGAGUCCUAAGCAGAUCAAGCAGGAUGGCCAGGACAGCCCUGACUUCAGUGGGGCAGAAAAUCUUGGGGAAUGCCUGCUCCCAGCAUCCAGUGAGAAUGGCUCUACAAACCCGGACAGUUACCUAUGUGAAAUGGAGAAUACUCCUUUAAACUCAGUCCAGUCUUGGCUAAAGCAUGAAACUACCAAAGUCCCUCCCAGCCCCUUCUCUCCAGGUGCAUCUUGCCCUCUGUUACCUGUACCAGCAGAAUUUUUCCACCCAGCCACCCAGACAGGGCCUGAGAAGGUCUCAAGUCCACACAACCUUCCUAAGAUCUCUCUGCAAGGCUCAUGGGCAUCACUGAGAUCUCCAAGCGUGAACUGUUCACUUCUUCAACAGCCGCCUGACAGUGAUACGUCGCUGGACAGCCGGAGCAGCAGCUCGGCAGGCAGCCUGCAGACCACGCUGGAGGACAGCCUCAAUCUCAGCGACUCUCCCCAGUGCACCCUGGACCUCCCGGUGGCCCUGUGUCCCAUGCCAGCUGCGGGCAGCCAAAGACCCCUGGCAGGCCCCAUCUCCCCUGCCUCCCGCCGCCGGAGCCUGCGGGGCCGGGGGCUCUUCAACCUGCGAAGUAUGUGUCGUCAUCAGCGCAGCCACAGCAGCGGUGGGAGCACCAGUCCUGGCUGCACUCACCAUGACUCCAUGGACCCCUCUGAUGAGGAGGGGGCGGGCAGCAGCCUGCGGGGGGGUGGCAACAACAGCGAGCCCUCGGAGACCCUCAGCAGCCUCUCGCUGACCUCCCUCUUCUCGCCCCCACCACCAGGGCUGACCGUGGUGAAGAAGUGCAGCAGCACCAGCAGCCUCCACGCCAGCCCCUCGCCCCGCCGCCCCACCACCCACCACGCCAAGCCCUUCUACACCGUUGACCCCCGGGGCUUCCUCUCGAUGCCGUCCUGGGUGACGGACUUCUGCAAGGACACCCCCUCGCCCAGGGAAGGAGAGGAGAUAGACGGUCCCGGCAGACUGGGGACAGGGGGCCGCAGCUCCCCGCUCCCUUCUGAGCUGGAGCUGGGCGACGGUGUCAGCAAGAGAAACAGAUGAGGGUCCCUGAGGUUCAGGGAGGGAGCAUUCGGCCGCUGGCAUGGGGAGCAUGUUUCACUAGCUUCUCCCCAGCAGCAAUUCCAAAGGAUUUGCAAGAAAACAAAACAGGCAAACAAAAAUUUAUAAAUAUAUAUAUACGUAAAUAUAUAUAUAUAUUUUAUAUAUAUAUAUAUAUAUAAAAUAAAUACUCUGGUACCGUACCUCAGAGGCAUGGGAGAGUGCAAGCAAUACGGGAAUGGUCCUGCCUAAGGCAAGACCUGGACCAUCACCACAGAGACUAUAGUGACAAGAAGAGGCCAUGGGGCUUGUAGGGACAGGCCCCUCCAGCCAGGUGACUGCCACAUGGCAGCUGUUUAGUUAUAUACAUAUACAUAUAUAGAGAGAUCGAUUUAUUUAUUUUUUUUACCAAGAGAUUGUGAAUUUCAGAAAGUACUAAGGAGGAACAAGCGAAGGGGGGCCGAAGGAGCUGCAACACCAAACAGGCAGGGUGGGGGCGAAGGGAAGGGAAGCAGCGUGAGCAGCAAGGGAAGAGCUUGCCUUGCCUGUUUCUGGGAACUUCCUUAUUGUCCAUGCUUCCAUUUCAAACAUUAAAAAUUGUGGGCCAGAUCUUCAUGGCAAGUGUAAAUUGGCAAAACACGAUUGUGUGCUGUUGGUGUAAAGCAGCAGAGCUCUGGCUCAAGGUGGAUUCACGCUGAUUUACAGCAGGUGAAAAUCUGGCCCCAGCAGCAGGGAAAAGCAAACAGCCAUGGAGCACAGGAAACAUUUUGAGGUGAAAAGCCUCACUUCGAAAGGAAUGUGUGAACACAUCAGGCGUGAUCAUGGAAAGAGGGGAUGGAGGCUGCAUGGCAUAUUUUUGUUGCUGUUUUGUUGGGUUUGUGUUUUUCAUUUUCCAAAGAAGGAAAACUACUAAGGGAAAAAAUUACAAGACUCAUGAAGAAAUUUGAAGUGGGAGAGGCAGGAUAGAAGGAAGGCGGGAGGUAAAAAGGGGAGAGCAAAUUGAACUUUUCCUCCUUUCAUUUACAGUAAUUGUGAUUUUUCUUUUUUAGAAGCCCAAAGGUGCAAAAAUCAACCCUAGAAAAACCUAUCUGUUAUUUUUGUAUCUAUAGCUAUAUAUAUUAAAAGCAAACUAGAAUAUUAAAAAAUACAUAAAAGCAAAGGGGGCUUCAACAAUACAAAACUCAGUCAGUUCCCUGGCUGAGAGCUAACCCUAUUCCAAGUUCUAGUGGGAAGACCCAACAAGGGCAGUCUCAGCUCAGUCGUGACUCUGCCUCCUCCCCAGCAUCAUCCUUUGGAGUUUUCCUGAUUUGCAUCAGUGUAGUGGGGACCAGAGUCCUGUUUACUGCCAACUGUGGACAUGGAGAGCAGGGAAUACGUGUGUGUGUGUGUGUGCGCGCGCAUAAAAUUGUAAGGGUGUUUAUAUAUGUUGUGUCAAGGCUGACUGGCUCACUGAGUGAGCUGGAGAGACGGGUGAGAGGGACAAGGAGAACUGCAUCUCUCCUUGUCUCUGCCUUGCAGAGCAGUGUGAGUGGAGAGGCCUCCAAUGUGGAGGGUGAGGGCAGAUCAGCUCCUCUUACCAUGACCUGCCUCGGGAUCCAGGAUGCAAUCCAGUGAACACAAUCCUCUCCCAGCGUGGUUGGAGCAAGGCCUCCAGAGGGUGCAUCCCUCCUUCAUUUUCCAGAGGUAUAACUGCACAAAUCUCCUUCCUGGCAGGGCCAACCUGGAUCUCCUCCUGCAGCAACGUCAAGGUGUUGUACCCUUUGCAGAUUUGCAGGUGGGUAGGAAAACCACCCACUUGAGGGGGACAAGGAAUUUCAGACAUCCCCUGCCACCCCAGGGAAGUUCUACUAAGCUGUGUCAGAGAAGAUGGAGUGGGAAGGGCAGCGGGGAGAAGACAGCGGUGCAAUGGAGAUGUGGAAGUUUGGAGGCUGGUGCACUGAGAAGGAGCGGGGCUCCCUCAGGGCCUCCUGUCCCAUUUUUUCCACUGGAACAAGAAGGCCCCUGCAGCCCUCACAGAGGUCUCCCAGUUGGCAUAUGAAAGCAUUGUAAAGUGGGCAGCACAGAACAGAUGUUCUGAUAAUAUUGUGACCUGUCUGACUUUAAAGCAGCUGCUGCAUCUUACAAAUUGGGGCUGUGAACAGUGAGCACAACAAAUGGGACCAACAGCCAGGAAAAGGAUAAUUACUGUGUGAACUUAAUUUAUUUGCUGGAAGGAGUGUUUGCUGUGUUGCAAGUGUGCAUACUGACUGCAGGGAGGUCAGACCUGUAAGGAGAUAACAGGAGAGCCUGGGUCCUUGUCCUUGCAGAAAGGAUACAAAUCUAGUUUUAUUAAAGCAAUAAUAAGGGUCUUUAAAUGCUUUUUUUGCACUGGUGGUUCUUUGGGUGAGUUGCCCAUGCUUUCUGUCCUGAGGAGGGACGAGAGACAUGGUUUCACAUCCUCAGGGAAGGAGGGAAGUUACUCCCCAAAUGGCUGAGCAAUGAUCUUGGGUUGCACAAGGCUUAGACCCAAACCCAGAGCUGCUUUGAAGCCAGAGGUAGGGCUUAAAAAAAAGCCCCGAACAGUAGAAACCUAUCCAAACUGAGUACAAUUCAAGGCAGAGUGUUUCCUGGAAGAUGGCCAUAAGGAAAAUGGACUUGAGACUCCGAGCUGUCCUGGCAGUUGUGUGGGCCAUGAAAUGUUUCAGCAGAGGAAUGGGAGAAAGGUGAGAGAUAGAAAAUACCCCAAUAUUUGAUCAUGAGACAAACAUGGCCUGCACUUGGGAUGGCUGGGAGGGAAGAAGUAUCGAAAGACGGUGGGGAAGAUGGUAGUGGUGGCCUCACAGGGUGACUCCAACCCCUAGGAUGGAUGCUCUCUCAGCUUAUUCUUGGUUGUCCGUGGAAAUGUUUUGAAUGUGGUUUGGGGUUCAUGGCAGUCAUUUUGCUCUGAGGGUUGUCUCCCCUUUGCCUCCCAUCAGGGUCAUGCCAGCUCUCCCACCUCCCUGCAAAAGGGCUUUCACCCUCUGCCGUAUAACUUGAGCAAAAGGCUUCUGGCUUAGGAAAGGAGGUUGCCAUGGAAACAGAAGAGUAGGUUAUCUUUAGAGAAUAUUUUGUCUCUCUCUUUUAAUUAUUUACUAACUGUUUGAAGAAGAAGGAAGAAACAUCUAUCCUUUCUGAAGAGGAAGAAGAAUACUGAACCCCAUCAAACAGUUUGGUUUUUUGCUGGGGAUUUCUGUGGCGGGGCAGGUUGUACAGUUUCUCCUGGCAAGAGCUGCCUUUCCCAGCUAUGCCUGGCUGUUGGCACACACAAAAACCUCUGUCAUCACCCACCCACCUCCCAGACAACACCUGAGGGUAGCCCAGGAUUUGCCCCGGCAUCUUUUCAGCCUCCUGUACUCCCCACUUCCUACUGGGGACUAUCGCAGGCAGUUCGUGCCAGGACUCUCUUUGCUGUCAUCAGCCUGAUAUCACUGUGUUUUGUCCAGCUGCCACACUUCCCUUAUGCCCAGCUCUCCCCCACGUCUGCCACUGAAAGCAGUCCCUCUCCCUGCUCGAUGCUGAGCUCCUCCUUGAGCUCGCACAUCUCUGCCGUGUCCUGCUCCCACUGCUGCUGCUCUUUUCAUCUUGGCUCACCAGGUGUUUUUCUGAGUCUUUUUUUCUAAACCCUUCCUGUAAAUUUUCCUCGCCCACCAUGACCUCUGGGCCUGUUAGGGCUGUUUAUUGCAGCUGCAGAGCAGAGCCCAUCCCUAGUGCUUCCCACCUUCUCUUGCACAUGGAAUCAACAACUGCUUCAACCUGCCCAUGGAAAACACAACAGUAUCUAGUAUUUCUUCUGCUCCCAGAGACUCUGACUCAGCACAGCCAAACAAGUGAAGUAUACCACUAGGUGUGCUUCUCAUGGCUUCUCAAUCUUCAUCUGUCUUCCUUACUACUACCAGAAGUUCCUUAUGAAAUUAGGUAUAUAGGAAUCAAUUGCCAGUGUGACCACUGUUUUCUUUCAUGGAAAGUUGGCAAUGUGGUGCAUUUGGGUUUCUGGGGCUUUUUUGUUUCAUUUUGGGGAUUUUUGUGAGGCCAGGUCCUGUAAAGGACUGAAUACCACCAACCCUCUUGAAAUUAAUGAAUUGAGCAGGACUGGGGGAGGGCAGAAUUUGAAAAUGUUACUGACCGGGAAAAUAAUUUUUCAGACAGAAGAAACAUACAGCAGAAAUCCUUGAAGUGUUCAAGGAAUUGAAUUUUUUACUUUUCCUUUUUGCUGAGAAUGAAAGGAUUUCCACCAAAACGGUUCUCAUGUCCGUAAUGCUCACACAGGGCAUCACAGAGGUAUUGUGUUCUGUUCGGGGUGUGGUGACUGAAUCCUUGAGACACCAGGCCAGCCAUCCACCCACAGGGCAUGGAAGAUUGCUCCCCAGGCAGUGAGGUGUCUGCAGGAGAUGUGCCCUGCACGUACACCAUGCAAUGAGGGCAAAAGUCUUUGUAAGGCCAGCUCAGGAGCAGAGACUUAGUUUUAGCCAAUGUAAAUAAAAACUCAGCAUUUAUUAUGGAAGAUAAGGAGGUAAGCAGCUUUGGUUCACUUGUUUUUAUCAUAAGAAUUUCACAGAGAAGAGAAAAACUAAACCCCACUGAUUUUUUAACUAGCCAAGACAUAAAACACUUGUAGGAAGAGCUUGGUACUUUGCAAAGUCAGGCACCUGGGUGUGUGCCACCCAAUUUGACCUGACUUCCAAAUAUCCCCUUCCCUGAUCAUCUGCCUUACUUCUCUCUUUUUUUAUUUUUUUUCCUUGCUUUCCUUGUUAUUUUUGUUCCUUGCUAGAGACUGGUUUCCAGUAGGAACUCACUACCUCCGUAUCUUUGAACAUAUAUAUUUAUUCUCAUUUAAACAUAUAUAUUUCUUCUCUAGCACGUUUUCCUUCUUCUGCGUAUUUCCAAGCCCCCUGUUUGCAUCCACUAAGAUCCUGCCACACUUUGAGCAGGAGCUGGCAAUCUGCUAUUCAAUAUUUAUGCCUCCCGGCCACUUUUAGAGCAGAUGUGCUCAAUUUUGCAAGUAGGGAGCACUCACCCCCACCAGAACCAGCAUACCAGACCCUGUUUAGCAGCAUGUCUCUGCUUUUGCUCCAACAUCAGCUGCGGCAAUAAGGGCUCUGCCCUUCCCCUUAUGUCAGCGAUGGGAUUGCACAGAUGAACCCUAUGAUGAGAUCAUUCUCUCUUUGUAUGUCAGCACAGCUGCUGAACAUCUCUCAGGCUCAUGACAUUAAUAAGAGUAGGGGGGACUCAGCACCUCUUGAAGUUGCUCCAGUGAACAGCUGGGCUGUUGCCAUGCAAAGCACAGCAGGCUCCAGCUCACACUCCCUCUUUGCUUUUCAACGCUGUGGGCACAGAGGAAUACAAAUCUUUCCUUAGCAGUGUUGUCUGUAGUCGCCAAAGUCAGAAGAUACAGCUCUCCCUUCAUCUCAUGGUCCACAGAGCAGAAUGAUAGCAGUGAGAGAGGCACUGCUUUUCCAAGACAUUUUCCUGGAGAUCAGAGCACUUUAACCCUCUGUCUUAUGCUGCUUUAAUUAUCUGUAUUAGUUUGGAAAACUUUGAAAGGUGCUGUAGCUUUAUUUUGGUUUUUUGAGGUUUUUUUUUGUUUCUGGUUGCUGCAGCAAUGUUGGUGCACACAUUGCACCAUGCUAAACAAAUAAGCUCCUCCUGCAGCUCUUCCCCUCUCUUUCUUCCAGCUUACUCAUCCUGGAUGAAAUUUUUGCACUGCAAGCUACCUGCUUGUGCUGACCACAGUGCAGUGGGAUUUGUCAUUGCCCUGCUGCGACCACUUUCUUUCUCUUCUUUGCUUUCUUAUGACUGCUGCUAAGGGAAUAGCACUGAAUGUUCCUCCACUGGAGUCUGUCAGAGACUGUCAGAGUAUCUCCAAAAAGAGGGCUAGCAACCACCCAGCACAAGCAAGCAGGGCAGCCCUCCCUCCUUCAGUCAGAAACACACGUAUGGGCUAAGAUGCUGCUUCAAAACAAAAUGUCAGCGAUACCAUGGGAUGUUGAGGAUGGCAAUCUGAAGAGAAAAUAUUUUUCAGUGAAACAUCUUUAAUCUAAGCUUUUGUUCUUACAUUGAAAAGUGCCUUCUUAGGGAGAGAAUCACCCACACACAAGCAUGAGAAGUGUCAUUCAAGAACCCAAGGUAUGUGGUCCAUGCACAGGCAGGUAUUUCUAUUACCCUGCAAGUUCUUGACAUAAGCCUUGCUAUCAAACUAUCACACCUUUGGAGAUGAAGUAUCAGAGGAGUCCCCUAAAUGCUCCUUAUCUCCAAAAAAAGGGACAAAUGGGGUAGCAGGUAAGCUUUCCUCUAAAACUAGCACCAUCACCCUUAGCUGCAUCUAAUAAUUGCUGGGCUGAUAAGGAUGAAAGCAGAUGACCCCAUUUCCCCUUUCAAUUACAACUUCACCAACACAGUUAAUUUAUGUUCUCACACACUUCUCCAACCUCCUUAUCUGAUCUGUAUUAAGGGUUUGUUUCAAGGUUUGUUCUACGCACAGAAAUACUACACACAUUCUAGAUAAAACUAGAUAUUUCUAAGAAAAAAGCUGAGUGCAAUGUAAAUGGGGUGAUGUGGAUAAAAUAUCUGCUUUUGUGUGUAUAGUCCCUCUAUAUACAUGCAACUGCCCCCUCCCCCCGUAUGUUUAUAUUUCCUAGCACAAAUUUUUGAGAUUAUCUUCCAUUGAAUGUAGAGUUAAUAACACAUGAGAGACUGUUAAUCAUCAUUGGCCACUGAUUAGUUUCUGCUGUUAUUGUAAACCCAGGCAUAGGAAAUAAAUCAGGAAGAAAAAAAAAGAAGGGAAAAAAAAGGAAACUUACAACAAACAACAUGGCAUUAAAUUAAAAAAAAAAAAAAAAGACUAUUCUGAAAAUCCCUCAGUGUCUGCUCAAUAUUUAUUCUUGUGCUUCCAUAGUCACUGAUGCUUUCUCUCUGUGUGUGGGCGUAGGCGUAUACCUGUUUCAGGGUGCCUGUGGCUUAUAAUCAGACCUCCCACUGGUCUCUUUUUUCAAGAAUAUAUUAAAGCAGUAAACAGCCCAAACUGCUGACAUGGGACACUGCUCACCAGCCGUCCCCACAGCAUCGAUACAGGCAAUGUCUGGGCAACACUGUCUGUAACAAGCUGAAGAGGUCUGUUCUUGCCCCAGGGUGGUAAGCCCGAUCCAGCCAUGCACCACAGACCUGGAGCAAGGGGCAACCUCAAAGUGCUGCAGCCUGAGGGGUACAGCUUAGCUGCAACCCAUGUGAGUCAUCACUCAGGGAACCAGUGUCCGUGGGCAGGGGAAAUAAGGGUGUUGGGGCUGGUGGGGAGCUGGAGCAGAUCACACAGUGGGGCACGCAGGGACCUGGGGCUGUUGGAACCACCACAAGUGUGCAUAUGUGCAUGUACUUGCAUUCUUGGGGAUCACUGGGACCCUCCUCACACCAUGUAAAUUGCUACUCCAUCUGCAUUUCAGAAUUCGAACUGUGGCACUUCAGCAUCAACAGAUUUGCUCAGGAACCCGAAGAGGUCAUAGGUCCAUAUCAAAACACGUUGAAACACUCUUCCUUUUGGGCAAGGAUGUUCUGGCACCUACGUGAGGGAGGCCAGGGAAACACUCAGCUCUCUCUGCAGUAGAAACCACCAGCAUGCAGGGCCCUGGCUGGGGUGGGCAAACAUGGCAGUCACACCUGCACUGAUCCCAUUUUUGCAAGGUGGGCAUGUCUGAACAGCCCAAAAUCUCAUAGCAAAGCAAGAGUGCCUGUGCAACUGCUGGUUCUGUGACUGGAGUCAAACGCAGAGUGCUGCUCCAGAGUGAUCCCCCUGGGGCUCAUCCAUACUUCUACUCAGUAACCACUACAGAGGCAGAGCCAUUCACCUCCAUCCCAGCUAACUCAAACACCCUAAUCUGAUGGGACCAGUGGCAGGCUAAGCCCUGGGGCUGUGGGCACUGACUCCUUCCCAACCUGACUGGUAAACCAACAACCUUUCCUUUUGGGCUUGUACAGACACAGCAUUUUAAUGUUUAGUUGUGUCCAAGCAGCCUAGGUAACAAAGAGGUAAGAAGGCCUGAGAGGAACUUGCCCUAAGGAUGGAGAAAGAUAGUUAAGGGUACCUGGAGGAGGAGAACUGACUGCUGGCUCAAAACUUGAGACAGAUGAUUCACCUUGAGGGACACCCUGAGGGUGCAGAUUUCUUCUCAUCAGCCUCAUCCUCGCUUGCUGCUGCAUUCUUCUGCUCUGUAAAUACCUCAGGAGUCAAUGCAGUAGAUAAUGUGGCACUUUUGACAUUUGAGGGAGGAUUAUCUUAGAAGUGAGUGUAUAAAUCUGCUUCAUCAAAAGACCAGAGCUAAAAAGCAGAUGCCAGCUUGCAGACCCUGCCUGUCUGGGAUCUCCUGGUGGCAGUCUCAGAGGGACAGGCCCCAUGUGUGCAGCAAGCUAUGGGGCUGUUGCAGCACUUGGACAAGUCCAAGCAUGUACGUAGGGAGGAAAAGAGGCAGCCUGGCAGGUUGUGUUGUUUGCUCUGGACUGGUGAUGAUGCAGUGGUGUCAUUUUCACACUAAAUGCUAAUUUUCUGCUUUGCUGGCCUCAGAAUCGCCUACAUUCGUAUCCUUCAUUGCAGCAAUUAAAGGGCUGGGUGCUCGAGCUGAUGCACUUGUGAUGAGCAUGAUUUUAAUCGGUGUGCACGGGAGAGGAGGAAUGUGAUUGCCUUGCUGUUACUGUGGGAACAUGUGAGAGACCAUGACGGGUAGGAGAGCCUCUUCCCUGGUACGCGGCUACAUCAGCUCCAGCACUGGACUGGAGAGUGCAGGUUUGCCACAUCUUCCACUUUUCCACUUGGUCAGGAAUUGCUGUACGACUUCAGCAAAACAUUGGAACAAAUCACCUGCUCCCCUGCCUCAUGUUUAUACCCCACGAUACCACUCUCAAAGGUGCCGUGCACGCCAUCGAGGUCUCCAGCUGAUUGCGAGACAGGCUGAACAUCACUUGCCUGUUCCCUCCAGUGGGGAGGCAGGGCAGAGGGAGAGGGCCACACUGCACCAAUAAGAUUCCCAGGUGUGCCUAUAGGCAGAAGGUCCCUGCUGUGAGACAGCAUCUGAGGUUGCUCUGCACAGGUGGGCAGGAGAGUCUAUUUGUAAAAGUGCCAGGAAAGAUAUUACCGUGUAAGUACUUAAGCAUUUACACUGUUUGCCUAAAUCAUAAAGCUUGCGCUGCUGGAUGUGCUCACAGAUC